UCUGGAAAAAGGGAAGGGGUCUGAAUACCUUCCAAAUGCACUGUACAUGUUCUGCCCUCGUCACAUCCUGACCCUUGACAUUUGUAGCUUUGGGUCAUGUGGGGUGGAGGUGCCAGUUUCUGUUUUCACACUGAUCACGGUCCUGUUACAGUCACUGUUACGUUCAUGGUCAUUAAUACACAGUCUGCACUUCAAUGGCACACCACACUACUGCUGUUGUUAUUGUCCCUAAAAAUAAAAUACCCACAGGAAGGAGAUGCUAAUACCAGUUGUGAUAAUGUAAGAGGCCCAAAGUUUUUCAAGUGAAGAUCAAAGCCAUGCUGCUGUGAAGAUUUUAACUCAAUUCCACUGUACAAUACAUUUGUUCUUAAAAUGCAGAUAAUGCAUAGGUUACUCAUGCUGAAAUGUAAUCAUUAUACUGUAAUUCACUGUGCUUUUAUCUGUGUCUCCUUCAGGAACCCUGAUUAAUGUACAGAGCCUCUAUUUCAUCUCACACUGCAGAUAUAUAAUCAUGGAAUCCUCACAGCAAAUCUAAUUCUCUAGUUUUAAACAUAUUUGCUUUAUGGCAGUGCAAACGCCAUGAAGUUCGAGAUCAGACUGAAUUUGGCAUUGCCGAGUUCGGAAACUAGUGUGCCCGUGGCUGGCAGUGACCGUGUCAACCUACGUACCACCAUGCAGUGCCAUCCUGUUCUUCCUUGUCUUGGCCAACUUCACCAUGGCAACCUUUAUGGAUGCAGGCGUUCUCCCCAUGGCUAAUGAGGACGAGGACAAGGACGAUGACCUCCGCGCUCCGCUCUACAAGAAUGUGGAUGUGAAGGGUGUCCAGGUCAGGCUGAAGUGGUGUGCCUCCUGCCACUUUUACAGACCUCCACGAUGCUCCCACUGCAGUGUCUGUGACCACUGUGUAGAGGACUUUGACCACCACUGUCCCUGGGUGAACAACUGUAUCGGGAGGCGGAACUACCGCUACUUCUUCCUGUUUCUGCUGUCACUCACGAUGCACAUGGUGGGCGUGUUCUCCGGUGGCCUGCUCUACAUUCUACACCAUCAGGAAGACCUGUUGAAGCUGCACUGUACUGUCACCUUGGUGGUGAUGAGUGUAUCAGGCCUGUUCUUCAUUCCUGUCCUGGGCCUCACAGGGUUCCACCUCUAUCUGGUAUCUAGGGGCAGAACCACCAAUGAACAGGUUACUGGGAAGUUUCAAGGAGGGGUCAACCCUUUCACUCUAGGUUGCUGUGGCAACUUGGAGUAUCUCAUAUGUAGUCCCAUCUCUCCAAAGUAUACAGCGAGGCCCAUUAAGAAAUCAGCAGUUCGCAUCAUGCCUCCUUUCCUGAAACCAGAGACUGACAGACAGAUCCCAAUUAUUAGGGUCAGGGAUAACGGUGUCCAGCGUCAUGAUCUCCAAAAUAAACGCCCGUCUGCUGACGGUAUGGACGAGCCAGAUAUUAAACGCCUGAACACCCCACCCCCGCUGCACCCCAAACCAGACCCCAACCUGCUGAAGAGCCACCUAGCAGCCCUAGAGGUUCCAGAGAGUAGUCUUCAUCCCAAACCAUUGAGCCCUCCCCCUGGGCAGAUCCUGCAGCAGCUCAGGCCAGCACCGCAGUCCCCCACCAAGCCAACACCCCCCUUAUCUGUCCAACAGGUGGCACCAGAGCAACAGGGGGGCAGCAGUAGAGGUCAUUACUUGUCAUCAGAACCCAUCCUGGCCAGAGUGGACCAGCAGCUAACCUUCCAGUCGGGUCCCAUGUCCUCUCCACACCAGCUCAACUCUCUCACCCUUAACUCCCGCUUCCUCUCCCAUAAACACGCCUAUAGACAUGGAAACAAGUUGCCGGCCUUGCACUCAGAGGGUCUGAUCUCCCACCAGGUGUCUACGGGCGGGUUCCCCCCUCACAACCCCCUGUCCAGCCGCAGCAGCUUCUCCUACAGCAACCUGGUGAACCCAGGUGACCCUAACUACCUGCCCCAGCGAGGGGGACCGCCACUUCACUACCACCCCCAAUUCUUGACCCUGGGCCUCGAUGGCAGUGUGCUGCAGGAGUCCCCUUCACAUGCCUACAGCCCCGUGUUCAUGGGGGUCAGCAGACAAUCUCCCCAGACAAGGGACACUUUACCCAGGGACCCCUCUCUACGGGACCUCAACCCUCAGGCCCUGAUACACAGGGACCUCUCCCCACAGACCUUGAUCCAUCGGGAGGCCUCUCCGGUCCGCUACGAUAACCUCUCCAAGUCCAUCAUGGCCUCCAUUAAGGAGCGACAGGAGAUGGAGGCGAAGGACAGGAUGCUGCUGAUGCAGGCCAGGUCCCAGGCCCUAUAUGGCUGCCCAGACAUGGGGGUCUACGACAUCCCCAGCAGACGCAGCCUCCCUGCAGACAGCAUGCGCCCCCCGGGUUCCCGCGCCCCCACCCCGCCCUCAUACGGCUCCAGGGAGUUCAUGAUGAGCACGGGUAUUUUGGGGUACGCAGGUACGAGGUCGCCCCUCUCCAGCGCCUCAUCAUCCUCUCUGACCCGAGCCCCCAGGACUUCCAGCUCCCCCCUGCAGAGCAACAGUAGCCUACAGAGUAAGGGUCGUUCACCCUCCCCAUCUUACCUCCCCACAGACAGGCAGGCCAAGCCCUCACCCUCCUCCUCCACCCUUCCCCACACCCCCUCCUCUUCCUCUGCCCCAUGCGUCCCCCCAAAACGCCCCUCACUCAUAUACACCAUGGAGGGUAAGGACUCAGCACCCCUGGCUCUAUCCAAGUAGGAAACACUAAGUCUCCUUGAGGGUGUAUGCAGCCAGUCAGCCACACCACUCUGCAGUGUUAGCCUGUAUAUCCACAACUUCCCAGCACGGUGUAAGUGUGUCUGUGUGGGAGUCGAGAGGACAUCAAUAUGCAGUUAUGGGAAUAAUUUUGUACAGAUAUUUAUACUUGGUCCUCUUGCUAGACAAGGGUGUGUUUUGAAUAAAGACGGAGUGUUAACCAACACCAUAUGCAGAUAUCUGAUUCUCAGGACAGUGGCCAAUUGGCAGACAGUUGUGCCUCCUCAUGUAGUCAAAGGAACCAAUAAGCUCAACUAGAACAGAGUUCAGAAUACUUAUCUUUGAUUGUUGAUAUACAGUACCAGUCAAAAGUUUGGACACACCUACUCAUUCAAGUGUUUUUCUUUAUUUUGACUAUUUUCUACAUUGUAGAAUAAUAGUGAAGACAUCGAAAC